UACAAGUUCUGCAUCAACGUCGCGGUCGCAGUCACAAGAUUCAGAACGAUCGGGUAGUACUUUACAUCAAGAAUCAUCUUCACCAUAUUCAGAGUCUCCCUCCACUGGUACUAGUACUAGUUUACACCAGGGCUCUGCUGCAUUAGAUGAAUCUACUAGUGCUACUUCCACCACCCA